AGAGCCAUGUCUGACAUCCACGCUCACUGAAAGAAGGAAGGACUGAUACAAAGGCAGUGCGACAGAGAAGAAGAGAAAAGGGGGAGAAGGAGCGCAGGAGGGAGGGAGGGCAUCGGGGAUAAAUGCAAAAAGAGGUGAAAAAGAUGCACAAGAGCUGCAUCAGUUCGUGUCCACAACGAACAAAAAACAUUGUGUUCGUGAAUGGGAGCAGCUGAGCUCCACCACAAGGCGAGUGUAAUGAGAAAGCAGGCAGACCUCAGUCGCUGCUGUUGCUGAGCACGAAUCCUCUCCCUCUGUCUGUCUCUGCCAGCUAAUACUGAGCCUUGUGUGCGACGUGGAGACUCCUCCGGUAGCUGCUCUCAGGGCUGCUCCCCUCCCUGCUGCCUCUGGCUGUGUUUGGGCUAUGGUCCUGACUGAGAAGCAGGGCAUCACCCAGAUGCGGGGCUCUGACUGUAUGGGAGGUUAAGCCUGUAAAUACCAGCAUGGGAGCCAAACAGAUGAAAUGUCUCAGCUCAGCCAGCCCUGCUCGCUCCCCCAAAGAGGAGUAUGUUAUCACACAGUCCACCGACACCCCUAAAGAAGAAACAGUCAAUGAUCAGUCUGAGGACCAGGGGGAACCUCAGGAUGACAAAUCUGAGCUGACAGAGAAGAAAUCUGUUACAGAGGAGGUGUCACUCUGUGGAUUGUGUCCCUCCCUUGGGCAUGAUGGACAAGAGGAGGAGAAGCCCUGGGAGGAGCAGCUGGAUGCCCACCAGGAGCAGCUGGAGAAAGAGAUGCAGGAGGCCAGGAGGAUGGUGUUCCGCCUCCAGGCUUUGCUGCUUCACGGCUCCCUCCCUGAAGAGGACCAGGACGGGUCUGUGAGCUAUGGAGAUAGCCGGGGGAACGCCGAGCAGCAGCUGGUUCUAAUCCGUAGCCGUCUGGACCAAAGCACGGAAGAAGCCCUUGAUCUUAAGAGGGAGCUUCUGAGACACAAACAGGAGGUGCGCCACAUUCAGGCCAUCAAGGAUGCUCUGCAGCAGCGCUUGGCAGUGCAGGAAGAUGCUGUGCUGCAGUUAAAGCAGGAACUGUUGAGGUGCAACAUGGCCAAAGAUCAGCUGGAAGGGGAAAAUGCGGAGCUCAAACACAAGCUAUGUGAACGGAACAAAUUGCUUAGUGAAUAUGAGCAGCAACUUGGCAGGAGGGAGAGAAUUAUGCAGCAACAGCAGCAGCAAAAGCUUGAUGAAGCUCAGCAUAAAGCACAUGACGGCGGCCUUGGACGGGGGGAAGAGCUGCAGCUGGUCCGGGAAGCCCUGCGCAGUUUGAGGGACAGCUUCUCUGGCCACGACCCCCAGCAUCACACCUUAGACACUUUGGAACAGGGUGUGGCCAGUCUUAUGGACCGUUUACAUUGUUUGGAUGUCCAGCGCAGACAGGACAGAGGGGAGGAAUUUAAAUCACCGGGGCGCCGAGCCAACUCCACAGACCGUGACUCUUGGCCACCAAGCUCAAAAAUGGCACAUUCUCACAGCAGCCCGGGGUUGGACACAGCUGUCUCUACUAAAGUGCUCUACUUUACCGAUCGCUCACUCACUCCCUUUCUGAUUAACAUCCCAAAAAGGCUGGGUGAGGUGACACUAAGAGACUUCAAGGCCGCUGUGGACAGACAAGGCAGUUUCAGAUACCACUUCAAGGCCCUCGACCCUGAGUUUGGCACAGUGAAAGAGGAGGUAUUUCAGGAUGGAGCGGUCGUUCCUGGAUGGGAGGGGAAGAUUGUGGCGUGGGUAGAAGAGGACCAUGGAGAGAGGAGGUAGAGCCCCAAAAACUAGAGAUCACCGCUACAAACCUCAUUCAAACCCACCAAGACUCCUCUACAGUACUUGUGAUUGUGAUUCCAUAACAAAAAAAUACUUAUAAUACGAUUAACUGGGACCAAUGGAUUUAAUACCACUUUAAGAAAGAACCAUGUUUUGAAAGAGAAUGUUUCAUAU